AUGCUCUCAUCUCUGCUUUGGUGCUGUGACUUAACUGUUGAAGAAUUCCUCAGCCGAGAGGUUAGCUAUGUGAUCAGCACACGAGGGCAACAACCAGCAGGUGGAUCCAGCAGUGAGCAGCAACCCUCUCCUAGUGGUGCUCUUACUCCCCAUCAGCCCCUAUCAUCACUGCCAUCUACCUCUCAUGACUCGCCAUUGAAUUUAGAUUCUCCUAGAGAAGACACUGGCAAAAAAAGAGUGCGCACAAGAGCUGAGGUGUUGCUGGAGAGGGCAUGUGUGAGGCGGCAAGGCACCAGUGAUGUUCUUGAAAAUGCACGUCUCUGGAAUGUCCCAGUGUGGCCGCUAACAAAACUUUUGAAGUGGCUGACAGCACUGAAGGAGAGCGGGCGCUACAAGCCAUCCAAAGCAAAUGGUGUUGUAGCACCCAAGAACUCCUUGUCUUCCUCAACGAAGGUUACACGUCUCCGAGCUCCCUUCAUCAAAACAGAGGCCUUUACUAGACAGUACAAGCCUCUUUAUAAAGAACUACCCAUCUGGCCCGAACUAAAUUUGUUCAAUCCUCCUGGAGUGUCACCAUUUGCAGACCCAAAGCAGGCCAAGGCCCGGCAACAACCAAAGUCAUCCACUUCAGUACUGAGAAAUGACGAGAAAGACAGACGAAUGAAGGAGCGUGCUCGUGGUACCAAGGCCAGGGAGAGUGGCUAUUGUGAGCUCUGCAGCACCACCUACACAAACCUAACUCUUCACCUGAAGUCUGAUUCACACACCACCUUUGUCCGGAACGACAAGAAUUACUUGUAUCUUGAUGAACUUAUCAGUGGGCAGAAACAAAACUGUCAGUAUAUUAGUAAUCAGUUUUGUAGCAUAGGAAAUAUAAAGUGA